ACAAAUCAGUGUAUAAUGAAAUUGUUUAUUUUAGGUUUCAUAUUAUUUACAUACAUCUAUGUUAUUGACUCUGACAAGCCAUGUGCUGCUCGACAAAUAAAAGACAAGUCUGUAAUAUGUGUGUGUAAUACGACGUACUGCGAUGAAUUUACAAGAGAAAUGCCAGCAAAAGGCGGCUAUAUCACCUUCACUUCCUCAGAGGCCGGCGCCCGAUUUAAGAAGGAAUAUGGAGUAUUUCAUGACUCGGAUUGGAAUCCGAAAUGUUGCUCUGCAUCCCUGGUAGUGAACCCUAAGGUGAAGUUCCAAGUAGCUGAGGGUUUCGGUGGCGCGGUCACUGACGCAGCGAGUAUCAAUUGGAAGAGUUUACCCGAAGAGAUGCAGCAAUCUCUGAUAAAUUCAUACUACAGUAGUAAAGGGCUAGAGUACAAUAUGAUCCGAGUUCCAAUCGGCGGCUGUGAUUUCUCCACCCACGCCUACGCGUAUAACGAACAACCAGAAAAUGAUGUCGAUCUAUUAAACUUUACGCUGACUUCUGAGGACUUUGAUUAUAAGAUUCCAAUGAUAAGAGCUAUAAACCGUGUAGCUACAGCGCCGGUGCAUAUAGUAGCGACCACCUGGUCCCCGCCCGUCUGGAUGAAGACAAACCAUAAUAUCUCCGGCUUCGGAAGACUCAAGAAGGAGUACUUCCAGACUUAUGCUUGGUAUCAUUACAAAUUUAUCGAGCAAUACGCAGCUCAGGGUAUAAGCAUUUGGGCGAUAACAACAACUAACGAGCCGAUCGAUGGUUUCUUUGGAUUGGCCAGAUUCAACACGCUUGGUUGGUCUAUUGAGAACAUGGCAGAAUGGAUAGUCAAAAAUUUAGGUCCUACGAUACGAAAUUCCAAAUUCAAAGAUGUGAAAAUACUGACAUGCGACGAUCAAAGAUUCACAAUACCUUUUUGGUUUAAUGUUAUGUUGCGGACAAAUCCUAAAGCAUUGGAUUAUAUAGAUGGUGUAGGUGUACACUACUAUGCAGAUAAAGUGGUGCCAGCCUCCAUUUUAAAUGUUGUGUCAGACACACAUCCUGAUAAAUUUAUACUGGCUACCGAAGCUUGUGAAGGAAGCUUUCCUUGGCAAACGGAGAAAGUGGACCUCGGGUCAUGGACAAGAGCUGUCACUUACAUAUCGGACAUCUUAGAAGAUUUAAACCAUAAUGUAGUUGGCUGGAUAGAUUGGAACUUGUGUUUAAACACGCGCGGAGGACCUAAUUGGUCAGAGAACUAUGUCGACUCUCCCGUCAUAGUGGACGCGGUCAAAAACGAGUUCUACAAACAGCCAAUGUUCUACGCUAUGGGUCAUUUUUCUAAAUUCAUCAAACGUGGCUCCCGAAGAAUAGAAGUGAAUGAAAUAAAGCCCUUAUUUUCCUGGUCUGUCAAACAUGUCGGAUUUCUGACACCAGAUGGCACUGUCGUUUUAGUUCUAUUGAACGAAGGCGGCAAAAGAACAGUCAGCGUAAGAUGUGCUAAGAAGAAAGCAGUUUUAGAACUGGAAGCGAAAUCCGUUACAACAAUGGAGUUUUACUGCGUUAUAUAACUAACUAUAUUGUAUUUAGAAUCUCUUAUAUCGCACUCAGAGACGCUCAAAGUUUACUAAGAGAGUACGCUAAAUUAAGCUACUCUGAGUGUUGCUAUUAUAUAAGUAAAUAUAUUUUGUUAUGUGCAUACUUUAAGUUAUAAUCAUAAGUUACCCGUUUUAAAUAGAUUUGU